UGUCCGCUCAGCGCGCAUUCCAUCGCGCAUUUUGAAUUCUGUUGAGAUUCAGUUAACUCGACAUCAUGAAACUGCUCACUACUGUACUCAUCUUCGCCGGCAUCUACGCUGCUUCGCAAGAUGCCGCCGCACUGGAUCCAGCGUCCGAGCCCGGUCCCGCCAUAAUUCCCAUGAUCCGCCAUGCCGAAGGCAGACAUGCCACUCGACGCAGCCUGCUGACACGCAGUGAAGAAGGGCUGGUUGUGGUCCGUCCAAAUGUGACUGAAGCCCAACUGGACGACGCUCUGAGUUCUGUCCACUUUGUCAACACAGAACAUGAGGAGGUCGAGAAGUUGCUCGCGGACGGCAAAGACAACCUUUUUGCCAGGGGUGUAUACGCCCCUGGUGCCGACCCCGACUACAUCGGUGAUGGCGACGAAGACGAGAAGCUCAAAUACUUCGUUGGAGAGGAAGACGAUGACGAGCCUCCUUUGCGCCGUCGCGCGAUGGGCGGUGGAAAGCAUGGCGGGUUGAAAAGGCGAGCUGGGACCGUAGCAGCUGCGACAGUGCGAAAUAACUAUGAUACCAUGUACUAUGUUACGUUGUUCCUCGGAAACCCUCCUCAGCCUUUCUCCGUAGUCAUUGAUACAGGCUCGGCGGAUCUGUGGGUUCCUGGGCUCCAGUGUACCACACAAUGUGGGAGCAAGCGGAGGUACAACCCCACAGCAUCUAAAACAGCAGCACAACAGGGUCUUGCCGUGAGCACUUGGUACGGAACAGGAUCUGUUUCAGGCACAGUUGUUGUGGAUGACGUUCGUAUCGGAAACUUGAGCGCAAAGUACCAGGUCUUCAUUCAGGCAAACACUGCGAGCAAUGUCCAGCCCGGAAGUAUCGACGGAUUGAUGGGGAUGAGCUUCUCCCCUCUGUCCUGGGCCAACUCGGUGGUUGACGACUGGUUGGUUGGCAAGUCUUCUCUUGUCGAGAACCUCUACUGGUCGCAGAAGAUCCCGCAACCCGCAUUCGGGAUCUGGCUGGAUCGCUACUCGUCAUGGAGCGCCACACCCGACACAAUGGUCGGAGGCGAGCUCACAUUGGGCAGCAACCUGGGCAAUCCUGCUCGUUACACUGGACCUAUCACAUGGUUGAGCGUGCCCGAUGCAUCCACUUGGUGGCAUGUAAGCUGGCUGGGCAUUUCGGGGCCCAAUAACGUGAAUGUACGCCCGCCCGGCAGGAACAUUAGAGGGUUGGUGGACACCGGCGCCACCUUGGUCCUCACGGAUUACGCCGUAGCUGUCCAGCUGAACGCACAGAUUCCGUCGACCUACGUGGUUGCUAAAGGUCUCUGGGCGUGUAACUGCGGAACAGUGGCAAACAGCGGUGUCACAUUCACUUUCAACCUCAAUGGAUUCCCCUUUACCCUCUCAGGAAGUGAGCUCGUUACAAGGGUGUGGCCGAACAAUGCCGACCUAUGCUACUCCCCGUUCCAGUCUCGAAAAAACCAAGACGUUCUGGACCAAUGGCUGCUCGGCGAAGUCUUCCUCCGCAAGUACUAUCAAAUCUACGACUACAAUCCCGCCGGGGCUUGGAAGCCCCGUGUUGGUCUCGCGCUGGCGACCUAGGACUUCAGCUUCAUUGACUUGGGAUUCGUACAGAAACCCUCAACACCUGAACGCUCUGUUUUUGCAUCCAAGCAGUAACAGUUCGUUAUGGGAAGCGACUGUGUCUUGUUCCACACAUGUGUAUUUGUUUAUGAAUGACU